AACACCUACACCACCCUCUCCACAACCGUCACAACCUACUUCCAAUCCCUCGACACCCACCUCCUCCCCCAAGCCCUCCUCCUCUUCUCCCCAACCGCCACAUUCACCAUAACCACUACAAACACCACAUUCGCCGGCCUCCCCGCCAUCGAAAAAAUGUUCACGGAUUUCAUCGCCCGCAGCAAAACCAUGGAACAUCGCGUGCUGAGCAUGGUUGUUGAUGAGAAGGAGGGGAAAGUGGCCACGCAGCAGCGGUAUAUUGGGGAGUUGCAUGAUGGGACGAAGAUGGAUAUGUUGAAUUGUAAUUUUUUUGGGUUUGAUGAGAUGGGUAGGAUUGCGGAGGUGAGGGUUUGGAUGGAUGGGGUGGGGCCGUUGCGGUGA